UUUCGUCUUCCGCUUCCUUAUUGCACUAAAAAAAAAAAUGUCAGCCAUGACAGGAAAGAUUGCGCACUUUCUGUUGCUCCUUAACUCCGUUUUACUGCAUUUUGGUACAGGUGAAGCCCUGUUUACCGUAAACGGUAUCGUUAAUGGGUCUGUCACUUUGCCCUCCGGAUCUCCGUACAACAGUCCCUCAGAGGUCCGGUGGACGAUUGGCAAGAGUGUAAUCGCCUUUUAUUUGAAGCCGAGAAUUCUGACAACAGACCCUAAGAGAUUUGGGGACAGGUUACGACUGAACACGAAAGACGGUUCUCUUCUAAUCAACCGGGCACAGAUGGGCGACGCGGACACGUACAACGUGACAGUCUCUCAAGGCAAAAGCAAACACAACGCUGUAGUCAAGCUGAUGAUCUAUGAACGGGCAGACACGCCUAAACUGGAGGUUCUGAGCAACACGUCAGGGCCUUGGUUCUGCAAUGUGUCUGUGAGGUGCGCUACCCUCCACGGCCUCUGGGUGGCAUCGCUCUGUCAGUUUAGACCGGGCAAGCUCAUGUGCCAGGAGACAGCCAGGAAUGACUCCACCAACUCAACGCGGUUACUGAUCACGGCAACCAGAGACGCCAUCAACUGUAGCAGCAGCAACCCCGCCAGCACAAGCUUCGCCCCCCCGCUUCCUGUUAAACAGGUCUGCCCCGCCACUGUGCCUGAUCCUAAGAAGAAACUUGGUCAUACUCAACGUUCGCGAAACAUUCUAAUUUUUGUUGGGUUACCCUUUUCUUGUCUGUUGUGCUGCUGUCUGUUUGCAUGUAAAAAAACAUUUCACAAACAGAACAAAAACAGAAUGGAUUCUAAUGAUGUCGAGAUGAGAGAAUCCAAGACAGACUUUAAUGAACCCUACGAAAACAAUCACAGAACAGAUGCUAAUGGUGCUCAAGAAGAAGGACCUCCAGUUUCAAAUUUGGUUGAUACUGUUAUCCAUGAAAAAAGAGGAGUUCCUCCAGAAGUGUAAAUAUUAUUUUCCAUGACCUUGUCAAAUCGAUAUUACUUGUUGAGUUAUUUGUAUUCA